AUGAGCACAAACAAGAGGCGUGGAGCUAGCGGUGCCAGUUGUUUCGUGCCUGGAGUGCCCGCCCUGGUGAACGGUCCCACAGCCAUGUCUGCCGACCUCGCUUCACUUUUUGAGUGCCCCGUUUGCUUUGACUAUGUUCUGCCGCCGAUCCUUCAGUGUCAGAGCGGGCAUCUGGUCUGCUCUAGCUGCCGUCCUAAGCUCUCCUGCUGCCCCACUUGCCGCGGUCCGCUCGGCAACAUCCGCAACUUGGCAAUGGAAAAGGUCGCCAGCAAUGUCAUGUUUCCGUGUAAACACUCAAACACUGGUUGCACCGUUACGUUAGUGCACACCGAGAAGGCAGAACAUGAAGAAGCUUGUGAAUUCAGACCCUACUCAUGCCCUUGCCCAGGUGCAUCGUGCAAAUGGCAAGGAGGCCUCGAUCAAGUGAUGCAGCAUUUGAUGACCUCCCACAAAAGCAUCACUACUCUACAAGGUGAAGACAUUGUGUUCCUAGCAACUGAUAUAAACCUGCCUGGUGCAGUAGACUGGGUGAUGAUGCAGUCAUGUUUCAACCACCAUUUUAUGUUAGUGCUUGAAAAACAAGAGAAGUUUGAUGGUCAUCAGCAGUUCUUUGCAAUUGUUCAAUUAAUAGGGUCCCGAAAAGAAGCCGAAAACUUUGCUUAUAGGCUGGAGCUGAAUGGUCACCGUCGACGUCUGACAUGGGAGGCAAUGCCACGCUCAAUACAUGAAGGGGUAUCCUCGGCUAUCAUGAAUUCAGACUGUCUUGUGUUUGACACUUCCUUAGCACAGUUGUUCGCUGACAAUGGUAACCUUGGAAUCAAUGUCACAAUCUCGAUUGCC